CUGUUCUACUGCUUACCUGGGCCCGGAGAGGGUGGAGGGCGGCAGGAGCGACCCAAGGUAGAGUGACAGGGGAAGGAGGGAGCCCGACCACCCUGUGGCCAAGGUCUGCCCGCCGUGGUUUGAAGAAACUAGAAUGAAUCGAAGCAUACCCGUGGAGGUUGAUGAAUCAGAACCAUACCCAAGUCAGUUACUGAAACCAACCCCAGAAUAUUCCUUGGAAGGGGAAUCAGAACCACCUGCUCCAAAUAUAAGGAACAUGGCACCCAACAGCCUGUCGGCACCCAACAGCUUGUCUGCACUCCAAAUCCCUGACUAUCCCUUAGGAGACUUUUCUCAGGCUCAUCCACACCUGAAACUUUCAAAUCGCCAGUGGCCAGUGUCCCCGCAGAUCACCUGCCUGCGCACGAAAGUCCUGGAGGAGAGUGAAGACAGCUUCUGGAGGAGACAUCCGGACCCUGGCAAGGAUUUGCCCUCGGACUCCUCUGCAGCCAGUGAGUCUGUGGUUGGGGGCCUCCCCCCAGAGCAUCGGUUUUUGUUUAUGGAAAAACGUAAUCAAUGGCUGGGAUCUCAGCUUUCAGCAGCUUCUCCUGACACUGGCCAUGACUCACACAAAUCAGACCAAAGUUUACCUAAUGCCUUAGCAGACUCUCCGGGCCACAGCCAAGAGAUGGUGCAACGGCCCCAGCUCCACAGGAACCGAGCAGCCCCAGACCUGCCGACGAUAGACACGGGGUACGAUUCCCAGCCCCAGGACGUCCUGGGCAUCAGGCAGCUGGAAAGGCCCCUGCCCCUCACUUCUGCAUGUUACCCCCAGGACCUCCCCAGGCCUCUGAGGUCCAGGGAGUACCCGCCGUUUGAACCUCAGAGGUAUCCAGCGUGUGCACAGAUGCUGCCUCCCAACCCUUCCCCACAUGCUCAGUGGAACUAUCAUUACCAUUGUCCUGGAGGUCCCCAACACCAGGUGCCAUAUGGCCACACCUACCCUCGAGCAGCAUACCAGCAAGUGAUCCAACCGGCUCUGCCUGGGCAGCCUCCACCUGGGGCCAGUGAAAGAGGCCCACACCCUGUGCAGAAGGUCAUUCUGAAUUAUCCCCGCCCCUGGGACCAAGAAGAGGGGCCCGCGCAGAGAGACUAUUCCUCCCCAGGGCCCCCGAGGUAUCAGGACCAGCUGUAUAACCAGCCACGUAACAGAACUGGAACUCCUGAGGAGUCCUCAGAGUGUCCUGCAGAGUUGAGACCACAGGGUCCCCAGGCUCCGUCCCCAGCUGCCAUCCCCAGACCCCCUAGUAACCCUCCAGCCAGAGGAACUCUGAAAAUAAGCAAUUUGCCAGAAGAAUUACGGAAAGUGUUUAUCACUUAUUCUAUGGACACAGCUAUGGAGGUGAUGAAAUUUGUGAACUUUUUGCUGGUAAAUGGCUUCCAAACUGCAAUUGACAUUUUUGAGGAUAGAAUCCGAGGCAUUGAUAUCAUUAAGUGGAUGGAACGCUACCUUAGAGAUAAGACAGUGAUGAUAAUCGUAGCAAUCAGCCCCAAAUACAAACAGGAUGUGGAAGGCGCUGAGUCGCAGCUGGACGAGGAUGAGCACGGCUUACAUACUAAGUACAUUCAUCGAAUGAUGCAGAUUGAGUUCAUAAAACAAGGGAGCAUGAAUUUCAGAUUCAUCCCUGUGCUCUUCCCAAACGCUAAGAAGGAGCAUGUGCCCACCUGGCUUCAGAACACGCACAUCUACAGCUGGCCCAAGAAUAAAAAAAACAUCCUGCUGCGGCUGCUCAGAGAGGAAGAGUACGUGGCUCCUCCGCGGGGGCCUCUGCCCACCCUUCAGGUGGUACCGUUGUGACACCCUCCCUCCCCAGGCCAGCGGCGCCAUGGCACGUCUAGGGCCCUGUUCUGACAGGGACCCUUCUAGCUGAGGCUGGUCAGCAGCAUUCGUGGCUGUUUGUUUUCAGUCCCUCCCUGAGGGGUCCUCCAAGCCCAGAAAACCCGUUCUGCAGAGUCGGCUCCCUCCUGGGACCUCCACAGGCCUGUCCGGGAAGUGGAAGCCCCAGCUGCUCUGCAUUUCCCGCUUCUUAUACCCACUGCCUGCUCCUCCUAACAGUCUGGCCCAUCCGUUCUGGGCCUCUCACUGCUUAGAAAGUAGACCACGUAAAUGAUGCUGCAAUACAUGUAAGUGACCACGAACAUCCUUCCAC